GUUGUCGUGGGCGCCAUGUUGAACCCUCAUCGCCAGUCGGUGCUGACCAAUGCGUGUAUCAAGAACUCUGUGGACCCCAUUAGCCGAACACCCGGCACCAUCUAUGAGCCCAAAGGGCAAGUUCGGCUCUUGGGCCUGCUGUCAGAGAGCAAGCCUUCGCAGCAGGAGGACUAUUUGGAUACUGGUGAUGGCAUGCUGAUCUGUAUGAAACGGACGAAGAAGAGAGGUCCUAACCCAACAAGGAAGGGCCGCUGGUAUCCUGAAAAAAAUGCCCCCAAUGUCAGUGACGCCUCAGACAUAGAGCUGGAUCCUGAAACGAACAGGCAGUCGAUGCCCCCCACUCCGAACCCCAGUGACGCAUCGCCAAGUCCUUUGCUGUCCCCCAAGCCUUCUCGUCAAGGCUCCUUUCCCUUUCACUGGAUGUGGGAGCGCUUCUCCGUCAAAGGCCAGGCUGUGUACCAAGAGGGACCCCCCGAGAAGGCCAAGAAGAAGAAGUCCCCUCGGGUUUCCACCAUCUCUGUCUGUGAGACGCCGUGUACGCCGGAGCCAGGCCAGGCCUCCGCAGGUGUGAAAGAAGAGCCCAAGCCGUCCCGUGGUCCUGAGAACCCUUGCUCCAGGCGCAGGCAGCAUCACCAGUGUCCAGGCCUCGCUCCUGGGAGGUCCCUAUUGCCUCUCUACUGGAAGAUGGAAGCUCGGUCCGAGGCCCGGAAGCGCCAGCUGCGUCAGGAGCGUAAACGUUGGCUCCAGCUCACUCAGCAGCUCCUCAGCCUCGAAGACCGGUCCCCCAGUCCGGAGAAACGCCUCUCCUUCAAGCAGCUGGAAGAGAAGCUCCAGGUAGAAAUGCUCUGCCUGGCCACAGAGCCCGAGGAGCCUGGUCCCCAGAAGGAGAAAAGCAAAGCCAAGAGCCGGUUCCAGUCGGCCAAGGAGGAGCCGACCUUUCAGCCCAUCAUUAACCGCAAGAUCCCCAACUUCAAGAGCCUGCAGAGGCGCUUCCAAGAGCAACUGGAGCAAAAGAAAGAGCAAGCAAAGCUGACUAUCUGUAAGCCUUUCCGGCUUCACUCCGCCAGCAGCUCCCAGCCCCUCUGUGAGGACGAGGACCAGGAGGAUCCAUUUUAUGAAAUCCGUCGACUCUGGGACGUUCAGUGGAGGGCUCAAUCCUGCCCAGACUUUGGUCUGCCAGUGGUUCCUCCCGUCAUGCCCACCAAGGCGUCCGACAAGCGCCAGGAAGCCAACAGGCUGCUGUUACUAGAAUGGGAGCGGCAGGAGCGGCAGGAGAAGAGGAGAGCUGAGGUCCGCAGGGUCAAGGAACAGCAAGUCCAGAGGGAAGUGGCCAAGUGCCUGGCGACUUACCGGACCCGUGGACACCCCACAGUGUCAUUCCAGAGAAGGCGGGAGGAGCUCAGGAGGCAGGAGAGACAGCGCAUGGAAGACUACACGUUGCAGCUGCAGGAGAUGCACGACCGUGUGGAGAGCAGGCCGUACCUCUUCGAAAGAGUCAUGCAGGCCAACGCCCGCCAGGCCGUGGAGCGGCGAUUCUCCCAAGUUCUGGCCGCGCUCGGCAUUGACGAAGAGAUGCUGUGGAAGCAUGCUGCACGGCAGGCCGGUGGCAAACCCUCGGCCAAGAUCAUGCAUAAGAGGACGGAGUCACCAGAAUAUCUCGAAGAAUCCACCUGAGAGCAAAACGUGGAAGACAGAGAGAGAGAGAGAGAGAACCUUACGGCUAGACACGUAUCUCCUGCAUCUGUAGCCAUGAAGCACCUGAAAAUAAAGCUAGCUUCAGAGAGCAGAGACACUGAA